AUGACCGGUCUGAUGGCGGCCUCACACGAGCGCCAUGAGCUAGUGGACUUCAGCGUCCCUCUGUGGCUGGACGGGAAGACCAUCAUGUACAAGAGGCCAGUGCGGGGGUCAGAUAUUGCGGGCUUCGUGAAACCUUUUACGCCGGAGUUGUGGAGCCUCGUGAUGGCCAGCACCUGCCUCGCCUUCCUGGUCACGGGCGCAGUCCACCUCGGCCAGGCCCUCGCUCCCGGCGGCGACGCGGAGCAAGAGAGGAAGCGGCCGGGUGGAGGUCAGCAGAUCCGAGAGGAGGUCAUCGACAGCGCAAACAAUUCCUUCCUCUGGACCUUUUCGGCGCUCCUUGGGCAGUCCGUGGCUCGCGUGCCCUCCAGCGCCCCCGUCCGCGUGAUCGCCGGCGUGUGGCUCGUGGCGUCCCUCGUGGUCGGCGCCGUCUACCGCUCCAACCUCAAGGCCAUGCUGAUCCUGCCCAAGUUCUACCUCCCGUUCGACACCCUGGCCCAGUUCGCGGCCACGGACAUCCAGCUGUUCACGUCCAAGAGUGGGCUCAUGGACAGGGCCAUCCAGGAGGCGCCCCCGGACUCGCUCCUGGGAAGGCUGAAGGACCGGAAGAUCGCCCACCUAGAGCUCUUCAGGGCUUUCCAGGGCGUGAAGGAAGGGCUCUUCGCCGGCUCGGGGUCCCAGGUCUCCGGCUGGUUCUUCCUUCAUAACGACUUCUCGCUGUGUCUGGCCUUUCCCAAAGGGUCUCGUCUGAAAGCAAAAGUGGAUCGAGUGAUCCACGGCCUGAAGGAGUUCGGGAUCCUCGACCACCUCCUGCGCCGCACCAUCCACAACGCGACCGAGUGCCUUAAGCCCCUCAGCGCCCAAGCCGACAACUCCCUUCGGCCGCUGGAACUCGGGGACUUCCACGGCGUCUUCAGCAUCUACUUAGGAGGCAUGGUCGUCUGCACCUUCGUCUUCCUCGCCGAAAGGGUCAUCGGUUCUCGAGCCAAGAAGAGGUCAGAGGUUGAGGUCACUGGAGGGCAGAGAGGACGAAGACCUUAG